AUGGCUUUUAGACCCGCCCUCAUUGUGGUUGAUAUGCAAAACGACUUUUGUCCUCCUGAUGGCUCGCUUGCGGUCUCAGAAGGCCGGGACAUUGUGCCACUGAUUAACAGGCUCCUUGAUUCACCACAUUUCGUCUUGAAAGUGGCAACCCAAGACUGGCAUCCAGCUAACCACAUUUCUUUUGCGGCGAAUCAUCCCGCUCCAAACAACAUACCAUUUGAGUCUUUUGUCACAGUGCACAACCUCGUUGGCAACAACCCAAACGAGACAAUGCAGCAAAGAUUGUGGCCCAUCCACUGUGUUCAGGGCACCAGAGGGGCGGAGAUCAUUCCAGAACUUGACGUCUCCAAUGUACGCUUCACCGUCCAAAAGGGCCAGGACUCCCGGGUGGAAAUGUACUCUGCCUUCUCCGAUUCCUUUGGUAACCUGACCUUUGGUGCUGGAGGUGUAAGUCAUGACCUUGCCCAAGAACUGGCUGCUGAGCAUGUAUCCCACGUCUAUGUUGUUGGCCUGGCUGGAGACUAUUGUGUCAAAGACACUGCUCUUGGAUCGGCACAGGCCGGCUUCACCACAUAUGUGAUAGAAGAAGCCCAAAGAUGUGUGGACCCCGGGACGUGGUCCGAUGUCAAGGGUGCUUUAGCACAAGGUUCUGUGACUGUGGUCAGCAUUGACAGUGACGAGGUUCGGCGGGUUCUCGGCCCUUGA